AUGCAAGCUCAUGCUGCCUUUGGAAAGGAGUUCGUUCUCGCAUUGCUUCUGAGUCAGGCCAUGGUGAUUUCUUCAUUCCCGAUGCUUUGUUUCUCCACAGCGACACUUCAGGUGCUGGCAUGCCUUUUCAACCAUGCAGCUAUGCUUGGGUAUUUAACUGUUUGCGCGCGUUUGUCUCUAAGUGGGCCGACUCAUGCUACCGACAUUACUUUGCACUCGUGCAAGGCAACUAUGCUGUCCAUCAUGAACCAGCUUUUGCUUUCCAAGGACUUGAGAGCCCUUCAGGGCCAUCACAAAAUGGACUCGUUGCUUUAUAUGGUCGUGCUGAUGUAUGGCUCCCCCUUGCAGGUCAGAGAGUGGUUAGACGAGCCUUGCUUUCAGGUUGGCGACUUAGUCGUCUUCAACAUCGUGGUGGGCAAUGCCGAGCUUCCGAGCCGGGGGUCGAGCUCGCUUCUUUACAGGACAUGGGGGAUUUCACAGCUCAAGCUGAUCUUCCAGUUGCUUCCCAGUCAGUUACAGCUUCGCCGAUGCUGGGGCCCCAUGAUUUACCCCCAUGUCAACCUGCUUCUUCAGGUGAUGUGA